ACGCGGGCGGUCCCAAGCUCCGGGCGAUCGACGAGCCGCCAAAACCGCGGGGCGGCAGCUCAUGUCUCGCCUCGCCGCGCACAUGACAUUGAUAAUAACACCGUCGUCAGCGCUACCCAAAUUCCCCCAAGGCGCCGCAACGUUCCCCGACGCCGGCCGGCCGCCCACGGCCCUCGCGCGCAUGGGCGGCUUCGCUCCCCACCCCGUCGUCGUCCCCACCGCCGCCAUGGACGGGACCAGCAGCGUUAGCGCGCGGACGGCCUCGUCUCUGUCGUCGUCGUCGUCGUCGCUCGACGACGGCGGCCGUGGCCGGCCUCCGCCGGCCGGGUCGACGCUGGAGCUGCCGUCGCGGAAGCACUACCGGUACCCUUCCCGGUCGGCGAGGCUGUUCCAGAAGCUGCGCCGCUCGCUCCCGCUGCUGACGCUGGCGCCGCGGUGCGGCCGGAUGCAGGUCGGCUCGGCGAGCGAGGUCGCCGCGGCGGCGGCGUCCGGCGGAGGAGGAGGAGGAGCAGCCGACUCGCACCUGAUGUCGCACGUCGUGUCGUCGUUCUCCGGCGCGGCGCGGCCGAUGCGGCGGGUGACGGGGACGCUGUUCGGCCACCGCAAGGGCCGCGUCGCGCUGGCGCUGCAGGAGACGCCGCGCUGCCUGCCCACCCUCGUCAUCGAGCUCGCGAUCCAGACGAACGCGCUGCUCCGGGAGCUCGCCAACCCCGCCGGCGCGCGCAUCGUCCUGGAGACCGAGCGCCGCGCGCCAUCCACGGACGCCGCCGCCGGCAAGCACCGGAGGGCGCCGCCGCUGCUGGACGUGGCGGCGUGGACCAUGUUCUGCAACGGGAGGAAGACCGGGCUCGCGGUGCGGCGGGAGGCGACGGACGACGACCUCGCGGUGCUGGAGACGCUGCGCCCCGUCUCCAUGGGCGCCGGCGUGCUCCCCGCCUCCAACAGGUCGUCGUCGUCGUCGUCUCAGUCGCCGGAGAAGGGGGCGGCGGCGGCGGACGACGAGGUGGCCUACAUGCGCGGCUGCUUCGACCACUUCGUCGGCUCGCGCGACUCCGAGUCGCUCUACAUGAUCGCGCCCCAGGGCGGCGGCACCGGCCCGGAGCUCGCCAUCUUCUUCGUCAGGCUAUGACCACCACCACCACCUACUCGCCGGCUCGCCGGCGAUGCACCGAUCAAUCCAUCGCCACCGCCAUCGCGCGCGCCAUGCAAAGCAAGACGAAGGGCGCGUCGUGAUUCGUGCAGCCCUCUUGACGGCCUCGAGAUUCGUGAGGAGCAGGCGAGCCACCUCGACUCCCUACGUCAGAGAUGGCUUAGCUUAAAUUUAAUCAUCUGAUUAAGCACUAAUCUUGUGCUCUUAGUGGGUGAUUAGGUUGUGAGGAGGUCAUUGCAUAAAUCGGGUUUAAUGGUGGUGCCCAACACCUCAUUGCACACACAAUCUAGUGGAGUACGGAGAAAAUUAUAUUAAUUAAUUAAGUUGCUUGCUUUUGCUUUCU